AUGAACGAUCUAUUUUCCAGCUCGUUCUCUCGCUUCCGCGGAGAACCAUCCCCUCGCCGAGACGGCACCGAAGGCGGCGGCGGAGUUCAGAUGACGCACCCGGCGGGAUCAACCGGUGGUGUGAACCUAGACAAGUUCUUCGAAGAUGUGGAAUCUGUGAAAGAGGAGCUCAAGGAGCUAGAUCGGCUCAACGAGACACUCCGAUCGUCUCACGAGCAGAGCAAGACACUUCACAAUGCCAAAGCCGUCAAGGAUCUCCGCUCGAAUAUGGACGGCGACGUCGGAGUUGCGCUGAAGAAGGCGAAGAUGAUCAAAGUGAAACUCGAAGCUCUCGAUCGCGCCAAUGCUGCUAAUCGGAGCCUCCCUGGUUGCGGACCUGGAUCCUCCUCCGAUCGAACCCGGACCUCCGUCCUCAAUGGUCUGAGGAAGAAAUUGAAGGACUCCAUGGACAGUUUCAACCGCUUGAGGGAGCUAAUCUCGUCGGAGUAUAGAGAAACUGUACAGCGGAGGUACUUCACCGUCACCGGCGAGAAUCCAGACGAAAGAACACUCGAUCGACUUAUUUCUACAGGAGAGAGUGAGAGAUUCUUGCAGAAAGCAAUACAAGAGCAAGGAAGAGGAAGGGUCUUAGACACAAUAAACGAGAUCCAAGAAAGGCAUGACGCUGUCAAAGACAUUGAGAAGAACCUCAAGGAGCUCCACCAGGUUUUUCUUGACAUGGCGGUGAUGGUGGAGCACCAGGGUGCUCAGCUCGACGACAUUGAGAGCCACGUGGGCCGAGCAAGCUCCUUUGUCAGAGGCGGAACUGACCAGCUACAAACCGCUCGGGUUUACCAGAAGAACACUCGUAAAUGGAUGUGUUACGCCAUUAUCAUCCUCAUCAUCAUUAUCGUUGCUGUGGUUCUUCUUGUUGUUAAACCAUGGCAGAACAAUGGAGGAGACAGUGGUGGUGGUGGUGGUGGUGGUGGAGGAGCAGGAGGAGGUCAGCCAAAUGCAGGUCAAUCAACACUUAGUCCUCCUCAGGCAAGGCGUCUAUUGCGUUGA